AUGUAACCGUCAUUUCCGAUAAGAAAGUAGAUGAUAAAUUAAUAUCUCCAUCCACAGAUAUACAUCUAUCUGAAAAACCUAAAUCCGAAUCCACUGAAAUUCCUUCAUCUGAAGAUAAAAGUGAAACGAUAAACUUUAAAGAAAAAUCCGAUAAAAUAUAUGACAAGAUAACAUCCGACAAAUCAGAUAUUAAAUCCGAAAUAACAGAUAUGACCACAGAUCACUUACCAACCUCACAAUUCCCCGAAAGUGUUAUAAAAGAUGUAACUGAAUCUGAAGAGUCUGGUUUAAUUUUAGACCAGAGUUUUAGUAAAUUUAUGAGUGUUGAAUCGGCUACAUUUGGUGAUUUUGAGUUUGAGCAAAGUUUGGAUGAAGCAAAGAAUGUUGAUAAUUUUUCUUUCAGCGAAUUUAAGGAUACAGAUAGAAAAUCUAUUUCUUAUGAUUUCCAGGUGGUUAUAGAUAAUUCUGAGAGUAAUAUGAAUAAUAAAUUUAAAGAUGUUUCUGAUAAUUUUUUACUUGAUUUCACAAGUGAAACUCACCACAGUUUACCAGUGAAUAUUUCCAAUUUGUCAUCUAGUAAAAUGCACUCUAUUGAUAGCAAUAUGAAAGACAAAAGUGAAAUUAAAAAGUCGUAUGGUAUACGAAAAACUGAGAUUACAAAAUCAGGUUUUGUAUCUUCUAUGAAAAAUAAUGAUUCUGGAACUACCAGUGAUAAGAGCUUUAAAAGAGUGUCUUCCAAAUCUGAAACAAGUGGGGUCAUUCUUAAUUCUUCGUUGCGAUCUAAUUCAUCUUCAGUCUCCAAAUUCCAAUCAUUAUCUAAUAAAUCAAAUGUUUCAAGACCUCAGACUACUAAAACUAGUCGCUCCUCAAUCGAAUCGAAGACAUUAUUACAAAAUAAUUAUGUUUCCCAUCAAAUAAAGAAUCUUGGUACAAAACCUAAUAAUAUGAAAUCGAAAAAUAUUUUAAGAUCAAAAUUUGAUGCUGAAUCAAAAGAUGUUCGAACAUUUAAUUCUUCUAAAAAAAUAUCACGAAAUACUUUAUCAUCUUCAACAACUACCUUCGACAAUGCGAAAAGUGAAUAUAAAUCUACAAGUGUAUCUCAAAGUCAAUCUACUAGUCAAUCAUUUACAAAAACUUCAAGCAUUCGACAUGGAUCAAAUAUAGAAAAUAAAAACAGUCAAUUGUUUCGUGGAAGUUAUAAAUCAAUAACUUCAUCAAAGUUAUCAAAUCCUACAAAAAUAUUAAAAGAAUCAUCCGUAAAAUUAAUUAGCUCUACAACUAAUAAUAAAUCUGUUUCUUCUGAAAAAUCUUACACCAAAGUAGAUUCUAAAUCUUUAGUGAGUAAUACUUUAAUAUCAAAUAAACAUUCUUUUACAUCACAAGAAAAAAGUUCUAAAAAGGAUCAUAAACCAUUGACCAUGAAUCAAACACCAAAUAAAAAGUCAAUGGUUCCAGAAAUGGAAAAGCAUCGAAAAACAAAUGUUAAUGAAAUAUUAAAAAAAAAACAAGUUUCAGAUAUACCUGAAUCCACUUCCAAACCUAGACUCAAAAGUUAUAUGUUAUCUACUGAAUCAAGAAAUUUAAAACUGAAAGCAACUUCUCACACACAAAAUAAAUCAUCAGCUAUUUCUACAAACUAUCAGCGAGAGCGAGUAGUAUCCGAUACUAAAAAGAAACUACCAACUUCCCCAUCAAGAAUACCGAUAAAAGAUAAUUCAAGUAUAUCAGUCAAAACAAAUUUGUCACUUUUAAACACAAAAUCUAUACGAUCAUCAUCAGUGCCUGAUCCAAGAAUACUGAGUGCACCAUCACAAAGAAGUGGAUUUGAUUUUACGUCUUCACCAAGAAAAUUAAGUCCUACAUCUUUACCAGCAAGUCCAGCUCACAGAUGUUUUAAGGCGGAUAAAAAAAUUAGUUCAGUUUUAAUUACAUCAGAAGUAUUUUCGAGCUCUUCAGAUCGCGCGUCAUCAGUAGAAUUAGUAUAUGAACAGCCUACACGUUCUCCUAGUUCAUCAAUGUCCGAACAACAACCUACUUCUAUAACUGAAUCAGUAUCAUUAGAAGACGACGAAACGACUCAUUCUUCGAACUCAGACACCAAUCGAGAUUCCGAGAUAAAUACAAACAUUUUUGAUUCAUCAAUAAAUUGGAAUUUAGCUUUGAGAAAAUCAUACCAAUUUUCAGUAAUAGAUAUUAUGUCAGAAGAAAGUAAAAACAACGUACCUCAAAUCGCAAUAACAGCAUAUGAAUUCAACGAAGAUGAUAUUGAAGUUACAAAUUUAUUUAACGCAACACAUGAGAAAAAUAUGAAUACAUACGAGCCACGAUCAGUCUCUCCAAAUAUUACCAAACAAAAAUCAAAAAUUAUACUAAAAUCUCCUAUUACAAACAGUUUAUCAAAGUCCCUUUCACCAGUUUUGUCAGAUUUCAAUAAUCUUACAGAUACUGAAGUUAUAUCGGAUUCAGAUGAUGAAAAAUACUACAUACGAUCUCCAAAUCUUAGCCCAGGUCUAAUAAAUUAUUUUAUUUUAACAGAUGUCGAAGAUUUAAGUGAAGAUGAAGAACACGAAAAAAACAGUAAGGUUAAUGAAGAACAUACAGAUACGGAAAAUUUUACUGGUGAUAAGGAAAUAUUCAACGAAAUGGGACAAACAGAAAAAUAUUUAGAAUCGGCAUCUUAUUUUCAACAGCCGCAUAAAGAAAUUAUAUUUCAUUCAAAAGAUGGAAAUGUGCGUUCAUUGACUCCAACGGAAGAAUCUAAUCCAAUUUGGCUUAAAACUCCAAAUGAAGAAGUCAAAGGUUUUGAUUCCGAGGAAGAAAUUAUAACAGCUGAUGAAUGUGGAGAACAAGAAUCAUAUUUAAAAAAUAAUAAUACUUACUAUCAUGAUAUAGAUGUAGGUGUUGUGGACUCAGUAGAAUCUAUUAAACACGAACAAUGCAAACAUAAAUAUAGAAAUCGUUUAUUAGUAACAAAAAAAAAUGUAAUGCAAGAAUCAGAAUUUGGUAAAAAACGAUUUCGUCAUAAGAAUCGUAGUAAUUCAGAAAUUAUAGAAAGUUCAGAAAAACCUCCAGAAGAAUUUAAAAAAAAUAUAUUAUCAAAGUACACAUCCGAACCUACUUUAAACAAAAUAAAGAUUCCAAAACAAAAUCAAAAUAUUGAACAAAACAGAAUUAAACAUCAAAAAACUAAUAAUAAAUUUGUUAUACACGAUAACAAAAAUGAUAUCAGUAUAUCUAUUGAUUUUGAAAGCAAUAACUCUGUAUUAUUAAACGUCGGUAGGCAUUUCGGAAAUCUAUCAAUGCGAUGGUGUAACAAUGAAAUCAUGACAGGAGAUGAAGUCAAUCAUACCAAACAACAAAAUGCAAAGUCUAUAAAUAAUUCUGAGCGCAGCCCAGAAUUAACAACUAACGCCAACAACAUAGUACUUCAAAAUUCCGUAGAUAAAAUCCCACCUAUACCGAAUCCUAGACAUUCCAUUGAGAGUAGUAUUACAUCUUCUAUAGAUGAAGAUGAUAUUGACUAUUCAACAAAAAAACAAUUUUGGGAAGAAAUAGCUAAAACUAAUCAACCGCCUUUACCUAAACCUAGAUAUAGUAUUUCAUUACCAAUACAAAGCUCAGAACAAUCUGUAAUGAAAAAUUCUUCGUUGGAACUAAUUGAAAACUCAUUCAGUGCUUCUGAUAAUGCAGAAAUACCUGAAAUGAUUAAAAAAUCAAUGACAAGUAAUCAAACUACAAAAAACCUUGUAGUUUCUGAAUUAACUUGCCAAAAAUCUGAAUCACUUAAUAAACAUCCACAUACUCCAUUAUUAGAAGAAAAAAAUAGCAAAGAAAUUAAACGAUUAGAUUCUGAAACCGAGUAUAUUAAUAAAUACGGAGAAGAGUCAUUAGCCUUUGAAAAUGAAGGUUACCAAGAAGAUGUUUUUGAAGAUAAAUUACCAUCUAAAAAAGAAUAUUCUCGGAGUUCAAAUAAAAUAAAAUUAGAUCCAAAAACUAGAUCAAUGUCAUUACCAUCUCAUCAAGUUCAACCCAUUUCUUCCAAAGAGUAUUUUCAGCAAAUUAAACCACAAAUGGAAGGCAUACAAAUGGAACAAGAAUCUUCACCAGAGCAUAAAUCUUUAAAGAACACAACACAUCAACAAUCACCAAGCCAAGAAGAUCUUAUCAAUCGUCAAAUUCACAAGCACAUAUUUUCAAAUGAAUUAGACGAGCAAAUAGAUUCAUUAAUACCUGAAGAAAAAUACUUAGAUUUAAAAGGUGAAAAAAGUGUUUCAAUAAAUUCAUUGCAAAAUACGUUAUCAGAUAAAAUAUCCUGUAGUACAAGUGAAAAAUCACUUACGAAAACAGAAUCUGCUGAGUCAUAUGUCCUUGAUGAUUUCCUAGAGGAAAAGAUAAACAAAGUUAUUUCAAAACAAUCGAAAGAAAAAAAUUCCUCAAGUCUAACCCAAGAUCAAAUAGAUGAAAUCCCUUCAGAUACCUAUUCUUUAGCUGAGGAAAAAGAAAAAUCAACUAUACUUUCUGAAUCGAUUGAUUCUUCAAUGAUAGAUGAUGAAUUACACAAUGAAAACUAUAAUGCGUCAGUUAAUGAAAAUGAAAAAGGUGCUUGUUCACCAAAUUUGCGAGAUCAUAUUAUUCAUACUCCAGAAGAACAUAUCCCAGACACAAUAUGGGAAGUCACCCAGUUAGGAACAGAUGAACAGGAAUUAGAAAACAUUGAAAUUAAGGAUCAGUGUUUAUUUCAACAAAAUUAUAUAGAAAAAGUGAAUUCUUUAGAAUCCUUAAAAACCACUGAAAAAGAAAUUACCAGAGAACUAGCUAGAAGUGUAGCUGAACAGUUAAUUAAUGAAAUUGAAAUUGAACUAACAAAACGUCAUGAUGUUUUAGCUAAUUUACAUCAUUUGAUGAUGUCUCCAGACCAAUUUAAACAACUAGAAAAUAGUGGAUAUUUGGACAUGGAAGGAGAAGAUUUAAAAUUAAAAAUAAUGGAAUCAGUGUUAGCUAAAAAAUCUAGAGACCAAUUGAAAAAUAUAUCAAAACAUGAUACAAUUACUUCAAGUAUUGAAAUUACUGACGAAGACUUAAAAAGUAGUGGUUUUGAAAUAGAAUAUGAUACCACAUUAUCCAAAACACGUUUACUUGAUCAUAGUAUACCAGAAUACAAUUUCAAUAAAUCUGAAAAAUAUUACUCAACAACCAAUUCAAAUUCUAAUGAAUUUGAAAAAUCUUCGCGCGAUGAAAAAGAGGAAUAUUUCAAAGUAGCUGAGGAUAAUUUGAUAGUUGAAACUUAUAUAAAGGAACAACAAAAUGAAAAUAAAACACGAAAAGAAUCUCAAAAAAAAGAUAUGCUUUCAAACGGACAAGUUGAACAUCAAUCAAAACACGAUAAGUUUUACCAAGAUACUAAAACUGAUGUUUUUGAAAAAAAUAUUAUAAAAGAAAAUGAUCAAAAAAUCGAAACCCAAGAAUUUGGAUCACAUUUUAAUUCUAAAGAUGAUAGUAACAUUCAUGAUGUUAUUUAUUCUAACGAAAUACUAGAAACUAAAAAAGGAUCUAUAUUCAAUGAAGGUAUUACAAAAUAUGAUAGUCAUGAAACUCACAAUAAAGAUACAUUCGUAGUUGAAAAUAAACAAAAUAAAAAUGGAAAAAAUACAUAUGUCGAAACAAAUGAAAAACACUUUGAUACUUGUAGUAAAGAUUUUAAAGAUGAGCUUAUAAAGAAAGAACAAUACUUUGAACAAAAAACGGAUGGUGGUUUAGAAAUAUGUGGUAUAGAAAAAGAACAAUAUCGAGAAAAGUCUUGCAUUAUUAAGGAAACCGUAGAUAAUUAUAAAAAUGAAAUAACAUUAAUAAAAGACUCCGAGCCAGGUUCAUCAAAAUCAUUGACAAAACAAUUAAGUGCAGAAUCAUUCCCUUCGAAAGAUAAUUCCGUUCAUUCGCCUACUUCACCAUCAUCAUCUUCUAUUGAUAUUCGAGAGGAAAAACAUGUAAAUUUUGACACUGUCAUCUUAAGAAAACCUAAUUCGACUAACACCAAUAAGCUAACAACAAAAAGACCAGCGGAUUCAAGCUCAAGUGAAAGUCAUUAUCAUUCGUUUGACCACACGUCAUCUAGUAGACCAUGUUCAUCAGAUGUGGACGGCCUUUUAGCUGGUUCUUCGGAAUAUGAAUCUGCUAUUUCUGUACCAUCAAAUGAGUAUCAUACAGCAAUUAGCUCGUUGAGCUCAAGAGAAUCAAUGAAAUCGCUAGAUUCAGAAAGUUCAGGAAAUCUUGCAUCAGUUGAAAAUAGUGAAGCAUCUGAAACACUCGUUGCAUCAACUGGUGAUUUAGAUUUUGAUCAAGAAGGAACCAACUCUAUUUUAGAAGAUGAAGAUAAAAUAGAGCCAUAUGAACAAGAAAUACCAAUGCAUAUCAUUAGAGGUGAAUCCUUACCAAUUAUAGCAGAAUUAACCGAAAUGAAGUACAAUAGCAUGUAUAAAACACAACCAUUUUCUCAGCCAACGAUUAACAGUGAAAAAAACAUACAAAAAAUGAAAAGAUCACAUGAAAUGACUUUUCAUCCGAUUCCAAAACACAUAACUAGUGACAGUUUAUCAGACUCAUCAUCUCAUGAAGAAAAAUUAUUUUCAAGUGAAGAUGCAAGUAUGAGUAUAUCAAGUACUGAAGGCCAAGCAAUACAAACUGUCGUUGAAGCAAUUAAUGGAUUUCCGGAAUCUGGAACAUGCAGCUUGAGUUUAAGCGAAGAAAACACUAAAUCUGUAGAAACACUAACUACCCGAAAUGGAUACGGACAAAAUAACGAUCAGUGUAAUGUAACAAUUAUAUCAUCUACAGUAACAAAUGGUAAACAUCAGAAUGUAUGUACACAAAUGACUACAAAAUCUGAGGAACCACAAAAAAAAGGACAUCGAAGAAAUAGUAGUUCAAUUAAUAAAAUAGUGGUUGAAGAAUUAGAUAUCACCGAUAAAAAAGAUCCGUCCAAAGAAUGUACACUUCCUACACAACAUUUAGAAUAUAAUCAAGAUAUUUCUAAUCAAUCAAAUGUUAAUAACACAUUAUCAAAAGAAAUAUAUAUUUCUGAUUUAGAAACUAAAAUAUCUACAGAACAUGAUAAAUAUGAUCACGAAAUACACGGAAGUCAAUUAUCUGACAAACAUAGUUUUGAACACAUCGAUGAUAUUGCCGAAGCGGAUGCAGCUUUUCAAAUGGUUCCGCAUGUAUCACCAGCAAUACCUAAUUCAUUACCCCCUACAAUACCGGAAGAUCCAUUUUCAGAAGACGAAGAUGAUUUAAAAGAUGAUUCUAUUGAUGUUGUUCCUAAUAUUAUGAUAACAGAGCACAUGGCUCCAUUAGUUGAUCGAGGUUUUCACUAUCCGGACUUAGAUCUAGAAGCCAAGGAGCUAGAAAUAAAAUCGUCUACUCCACAAACGCCUGCAUCGAUAAGUAGUAAAAAUUCAUCAGACACAGAUCAAGGUAGAGAAUAUAUAAUAAACGAAGAUUAUGAUCCACAUGAAGAACCUUCUUGGACCGGGGAGGAUCAUACGGUUCUUGAAAAUGUUGAAGAAACAGAAGAAAAAGAAUCAGUUUCCAUGAGCGAAUCAUUCGAACUAAUAGAUAAUAUUGAAGAAAAACUAGACAACUCUGAAGAUGAAUUCGUAGUAAUUGAAGAAAUAGCAAGAGAAGCUAAAGAAGAAGAUUCUGAAGGAAAAGCAAUAACUAUUGAAGGAAAAAUAAUAAAAAAUCAUAAAAUUGUAAGUAACAUUGAUUCAUCCACGCAUGAAUCAGAGUCAGAAAGUCCAGAUUCAAAAGGGCGAUUUGAAUUAGAAUAUACUAAUCAAAAAUGGGUAGAACUACAAUUUGAAGACGAUAACACUAUAAAUGAAGUAUAUGGGUAUAAUAUAGAAUAUGAAAGACCUCCGCUUGAAGAUAUUAAAGAAGAAGAUACUGAUGAUUUGCAAAGUAGUAAAGUAGGAAGUAUGGGCAGUCAAGUCAGUCAUUCAAUCGAUAGUAUUGGCAGCAUGAAAGAAUCAUUUAGCAGUACUCCUGAAAGUAAAAAGUACCUAGGAAAAUCAUUAGAAAAUGAUAAUAUAUCAGUGAAUUCCCUACAAGAAUUUGAAAGGUUAGAGCAAUUAAUAAGAAUAGAAUCAAUGAAAGCUAAAUCUUCAGGUUCUUUAGCAUCUACUACUAGUUCUUCAAACAGUAAAAAAGAUGAUUUGUCCUUAGCUUCUCUCAAAGAUUUUGAAACAAUUGAAGCGGCUUGUUUUAAAACUGAGUUGAUAGAAAAUAAAGCCUUAGCUACUGAAAGAUCAUUAACUGGAGAAGAUAAUACGUUUAAAAUAAAUGAAAUUAUUAGAGAAGCUGAAAUAAACCUAGAACAAAACGAUGAUAAUUCUGAAAAACAUAAAUCAGAAGAUGACAAUUUGACUAGCACUGAGUCUUUAGAUUUAAAGACAAUUGUUACUGACAUGAAAGUAUCAACUUCUCUUGAACAAAUGUCGUGUACAAGUUUUGUUGAAGGAAAACAACAUGAUUACGAUGACUGUAUGAACUCAAGUGUUUCAAGUCGUGGAUUUAGUAGUCCAAUUAUGGAUGAUCAUUCAAAAGAAUCUUCAUACAGAAACAGUUUGAUUUUAGGCAGUAAUGAUUCUCUAGGCCCAAUAAGUUCAACAUCAACAAAUGCUACCUAUCAUUGUGAAACUGGAUCAAACAUGUCUUCUAGUUUCACAAGUGGUGGUUCAAAUACAAUGGUGUCUAGUAUGGAAGGACUUGAUAAAACAGGAGGAAAACAUGAUUGGUUUGAUGAACACGAAACUUUUGAGUCACAUAAAAAGGAAACAGAUGGAACGGAAUUUACUCACAAGCUUAUAAGAUUGCCAGCUGAAAUUCAUAAAAUAACAGCUAGAGGACCUGAUAAAGAAAAAAUAAUAGAAAAUUAUGUUGAACAAUUUUCAUCUGGUGAAUUUCAAGAAGAAAUGGAACAUACAGAUGAGCGUGGGAACGUAUUUGUUACAAGAAUUGUACAAAAACGAAUGGUUUUUGAUUCUGAAGAAUCAGCAAGUAAAGGUGUUUCUGAAGAUGAAUUGAACAAAUGUUUAAGAAAACUUUCUAAGGAUGAACCAGAUGGAUUUGAAAUCAGUAAGAAAACUUCAACACAGAUUGCAGGAUCAUCUGAAGAUACACAAGCACCUUCAACAUCUAAUGAAAAAAAAGAAUUGCAAGUGGCUGCACCAAAACCGGAAUUGAAAUGUGAAAUUAGUAUGGACGACGAUACAGAAAUAGACCUACGCGAGCAUGAUUGGCGCUUUCAACAUCAAAUAAAUACUGAAACUGAUGACAUAACAAAGCCAAGUACAUCUGGAUGGACUGGAAAAUCAAAACCUAAAGAAAAUGUAUCCGAACUAUGAAUAGUGAAAAAUAAUUUUAAAUUAUAUACAAACACUAUUUAUUAUUAGAUAAUUUUAUUAAAAUGUGAAAAAUUUUUA